AUGUCUCGAAUUCCGAGAUCGGAUAUGAAGAUGAACGCGAUUAGGUCAGGGAUAGUUGUGUUAGGAGCAGUAGCGUUUGGUUACUUGAGUCUUCGAAUUGGUUUCAAGCCUUAUCUGGAGAAAGCUAAAGCUGAUCAGUAUCAUCAUCAUCAGCAGCAGCAGCAUCAAAAUGAGGUUCAACAAUCUGAAUCUGAUUCUGACUCUAACCUAUCUUCAUCUUUCAAGGAAACCGUUUCUUUCCCUGAACGUAGUUCAUAA